AUGGCAUUAGGAUUUGGCAGCAGCAACAAAGUCAACAGAAGCAAGUCCUCGGACGAGGACACUCCCAACAGCAGCGAUGUCGACAAACUCUCCAUGAAGAACUUGGACACUGCUGAAAAGAGUCAAUUCAAGGAAUUCAAAGAGUUCUUGAAGGUCGUGAUUAGCUUUACUGGCGACCUGUCUUCAUUGACAUGUCCUGCUUUCUUUUUGAAUGGCUUGUCUUUGUUAGAGUACGGUACAUACUGGGGUGAUCAUCCUUCUACUUUUACUGCUAUCAAUGAUGCAAAGGCACCUGAAGAACGUCUUUUGGCCAUCUCUCGUUGGUUCAUUUCCACAUUGUAUGGUAGUUACGCUUCUCGUUGCACUGAUGGUAAAUAUGAAAAGAAGCCUUACAACCCCAUCUUGGGCGAGCAGUUCCAUUGUGAUAUGGGAAACGCAAAAUGCGUAUGCGAGCAGGUGUGUCAUCAUCCCCCAAUUUCCGCAUUUUACCUCGAGGAUGAGAAGGCUGGUGUGUCAUUGAAUGGCCAUAGUGGUCAAAAGUCUAAGUUCAAGGGCACUUCCAUCAAGGUAGAGCAAGUAGGUAGAGCAGUGUUAUAUCUCAAGAAUUUCGAUGAGCAAUACAUGAUCGAUUUCCCCGAUCUCUUGAUUCGUGGUGUCUUGACUGGUGGUGCUUACAUUGAAUUGGGUGGUUCCUGCACUAUUAUCGGCUCCAAUGGCACGAAGGCUGUCAUUGAGUUUGUCCCCAAGCCUUGGUUUGGUGGUGAAUACAAUCAUAUCAAGGGCUCUCUCUACGCCGGUGGUAAGUUGUGCUACAACCUAUCCGGCCGUUGGAGUCAUCAGUCCUUCUUUAGCAAACCUAGCAAUGACGCUAAUGCUAAAAAGGAGCUCUUGUUUGAUGCCGAGGCUGAGGCUAUGGCAGAUCGUGUCACCGUGCCUGUGGAGGAGCAGGGCGAACUGGAAACUCACAAGAUUUGGGGGCCUGUUACAGAAGCACUCAAGGAAAAGAACUACAAGGUUGCCAAUGUUGAAAAGACAAAGAUUGAGGAUUGGCAGCGUGGUGUUCGUAAAGAGCGUGAGGAAAAGAAGGAAGUUUGGGAGCCCAAGUUGUUUGUAUUCGAGAAGGAUAUUGAUGGACCCAAGGGAAGCGAAUAUCAAAAGAAGAAUGCUGAUUUGAAGAAGAACAUUGACACCAAACAUCACUUGGAUGCUGGUGCUUGGACCUACAACAAGUCUCUUCAUCUUCGCCAGUAG